AUGGCCAAGUGGCUAGAGAACUACGGAAAGCUCGUGACGUGUGUGGCAGGCCGUAUCUAUGACGUAGUUGUAGACCUGCGCAAGACCUCGCCAACCUACCUCCGCUGGUCGGCCGCCAUCCUGAGCGACAACAACCGCCGCCAGAUGUACAUCCCGCCGAACUGUGGGCACGGCUUCUACACGCUAGGGGAUAGAAACACCGUGGUGUACUGCCAGGGAGGGGUGUACCAACCGGCUACGGAGAGAGACUUGCUCUGGUUUGACCCGUUUGUGAACGUGUACUGGCCUCUAGAGACUAGUCAGCCACCUGUUCUCUCGGACAAAGACCGUUCCGCGCCUUGCCUAGAUGAAAACGAGGUUCAAGUUAAAUCCACUCAGAGAAAGAUACCUUGA